AUGACUAGUGCUGGGACUAUUUACUUCACCACCCCUAAGGCAACAUCUACAACUACUACCCCUGCCACAACUACAACUACUACCCCUAUGACUAGUGCUGGGACUAUUUACUUUCCUUAUGUAUCACCAAAUGCAACUGUUAUCCCAAAGUGGUGCGGCGGUGCACUACGUCAAUCACCCCUGACUAGGCCACCUGUCGGAUGGCAGAUGUACUACAUCGGCCCGGACGACAGACACCUGUGGAGCAAAACAUGUUCUGAUCUCAUUCAGUGUAUACCAGGAAUUGGCAGUGCUUCCAAUGUUCUCCGUCGUGGCGGAAAUUUUGGCUGCUGGCGAGGCAAACAACCACUAGACCCUGCUGCCACAGUCCGGGGCAGUUGUAAAUCGAAUUAUCAACACACCGGCAAACUUGCGGAUUGUUCUGACUGUUCUUACUUUGGCGUGUGCGUUAAUACGUCCGGUGGUGCGUAAAAUCAACGAAUGGAGACAGAUUUAUUCUAAACAAAGCUGAUUUUAUUUUUCACUGACUUGGUCCCACGUAUAUUGUAUCGAGGUCUUUAUUUCACACCUGUGCAGUCGAAAAAGUGGCAGAAUAAAAUUAAAUAAAUGACGUGGCUAUAUAGUAUUCAGACUAAGAUCUAGUUGGUAAAAGAGUAAAUCUUUUGUAAAGAUAAUAAACCCGUCAGGUUUGCUGUUUUGGCCCUUUCUCAAAGAAUAUUGAUUACUUGACUGAUCCCCUUUUAUCACAUUAACAAAAGCGACAAUCGUGAAAAACCUAUGUCACGUAUCACUUGUUGGUUUUUUAUCAGUUUCAGGUGUCCUCGAUCUUGGGUGACAUCCGCCAUGUUUGUUUUAGAGUUGCAAAAUUAAUCAACUGCAACAAUUGCUCUGAGCAGAUGAUAUAUCACACUAUAAUGAGAGGAUUUAUCACAUUCAAAAUGACUGUAAGCAGUAAAGGCUAUUUACAGGGAAUGCAAUACAAUACACAGAUUG